AGCAGAGGUGGUGCCACGGUAAGAGAAGUCCGCCGGGAAAAUCCUAAUUCGAAGUUCUCCUCGCUGGUUAGUGAAUGCUCAGGAUGUUUCACCGCGGUUCCCGAAUUCUAUCUUCGGAGCCCGUGCUUGGUUGAGGGGUGAGUGUGCCCUGCCCUACCCUGUAGGAAGCACCGUGUUUGAUAAAUAGAACCCAGCGUCCCCAACAGCUAUUGUAAAGCCGGGCGCAGUGGCACACCCUUGUAAUAUCAGCUACUCAGGAGGCUGAAGCAGGAGGAUCACAAUUUGGAGGCCAGCCUUAGCAAUUUAGUGAGACCCUGUCUCAACAUAAAACAUAAGAAAGACUGGGGGGUGUGACUCAGUGCUUAAGCACCCUUACAUUCUAUCCCCUGGUACCAGGAAAAAAAAAAAAAAAAACUAUUGUAGAACCACUCACUCUGCAUUCUAAAGAAUUGCUCUAGAAUUCCUAGUGGGAAUCUCAUUCUUUUUUGUAUGAAGCACCGCAGGCCUUGAGAAAACCCUGUGUCUUCAGUGUCAGUAUGGAUUCCUCAAAUUAUGCAAGGAUGGAGAAUCUUCAUUAGUGUUAAAUGCAUUGCCACCAACAUAUGAGAUGGCUUCAUCACAAAGGAAAGGACUGCAGGCAAGAAUUCUCAGUUCUGAAGAAGAGGAGAAACUGAAAAGAGACCAAGCUUUGGUGUCUGAUUUUAAACAACAAAAACUGGAAAAAGAUGCUCAGAAGAACUGGGACCUUUUUUACAAAAGAAAUACUACCAAUUUUUUCAAAGAUAGACACUGGACCACCAGAGAGUUUGAGGAGCUAAGAUUAUGUAGGGAGGUUCUCUUUCACCAGUUUGAAGGCCAAAAAUUAACCAUGCUUGAAGCUGGUUGUGGGGUUGGAAAUUGUUUAUUCCCGCUUUUAGAAGAAGAUAUGAAUAUCUUUGCCUAUGCCUGUGAUUUUUCUCCAAGAGCAGUUGAAUUUGUUAAGCAAAAUCCUUUAUAUAACACUGAGAGAUGCCAGGUAUUCCAGUGUGAUCUCACUAAAGAUGACCUUCUGGAUCAUGUACCACCAGAAUCUGUGGACGUUGUCAUGUUGAUAUUUGUGCUCUCAGCCAUUCACCCUGAUAAGAUGCACCUUGUUUUAAAAAACAUUUACAAGGUAUUAAAACCAGGCAAAAGUGUCUUGUUCCGUGACUAUGGACUGUAUGAUCAUGCCAUGCUUAGGUUUAAAGCUGGAAGCAAACUUGGAGAAAACUUUUAUGUUAGACAAGAUGGAACCCGAUCAUAUUUUUUUACUGAUGAAUUCCUGGCUCAGCUCUUUGUGGACACAGGUUAUGAAGAAGUGGUGAACGAGUAUGUGUUUCGAGAGACGGUGAAUAAAAAGGAGGGCCUGUGUGUGCCGAGGGUUUUCCUUCAGAGCAAAUUCCGAAAGCCUCCGAAGAACCGAAAGCCUGCAACCCUGGGCCUGGGUCACCUGGCUGGGAAUUGUGCCUCCCCUUGAGGAGAGGAGAGUUUGAGAUUACUUUUUUAAGAUUGUAUAUUUUUAUAUUUUAGUUUUUUAAAUUAGUAUAUAUAAUUCAUGCAUUUAAAAAAGGAACAAGCGUGUGACUGCUGGCAGCUGGAAGUUUGCUGGGGGCUACUAACACCUUUCUAUCACCAGAGGGUGUAAGUGUCCAGCCAACAGCACCACCUCUACAGGAGACUGCUACUAACACCUUUCUAUCACCAGAGGGCGUAAGUGUCCAACCAACAGCGCCACCUCCAUAUGCUGGGAGGCCCCCAACCCCCGCAGUUGAUAGUUGGGAUCCUGAGACAAGAUCUCAAAUACUAACAUGCCCUGUAUUUGAGGCAGGAGGGCAGCGAUUUUACCAAGUUUUAAAUUUCAAAACAGUGAAGCAGCUAAAAGAGGCUGUAACAACCUAUGGUCCUCAAGCACCCUUCACUGUAAGCUUGGUCGAAUCCAUUAACAACUUGAACAUGACGCCAGCAGAUUGGGCUAAUAUGUGUAAAGCUGUGCUAAAUGGAGGACAAUACCUGUUAUGGAAG